UUACUAUUCUUAUCUCUUUCAGAAACUACAAAUGUGCGGUACCGAGGAAGAGAUGCGAGAGGUAGCGGGUAGAAUCUGCAGAAACUAUCUUCAUGGAGCUUGGAAGACUGUCGAUCCGACUGACUUGGAUUUUAGACGAAUUAGUGGCGGUCUGUCGAACUUUCUCUAUUAUGUAGCUCUGCCGUCCGACACGUCGAAGCUAGGAGCUUACGCGAGAGAGAACUCUCCGGAGACGGAACUUACGAAGAAAUCUCUAAUGAGCUCUCAUUCCUUUUCUAUGGACGAACCGAAGAAGGUUUUGCUACGUAUAUAUGGUCAAGUACACGGUGAGCGAGCAAUGGACGCGAUCGUUACCGAAUCUGUGAUAUUUACUUUGUUAUCUGAGAGGCGGUUGGGCCCCAAGCUUCAUGGUGUCUUCUCUGGAGGCAGGAUUGAGGAGUAUAUACCCGCUCGGGCACUCUUAACCAAGGAACUGUCAGAACCUGCGUUAUCUAUGAAAAUAGCCGAGAAAAUGGCUGCCAUACAUUCUAUGGAUGUACCAUUAUCCAAGGAACCGAAUUGGUUAUGGAAAACCAUGGGGAAAUGGCUGAAGACCGUUAAGGAGGAGAGGUUAUCAACAAAUAAUACUGGCAAGAACGACGAAGAACAGCAUAUAAUCAAACAGCUGAAAUCGGUAGACUUUGAGAAAGAAAUAGAAUGGUUGAAGAAAUUCCUGACGACCGUCGAAUCACCGGUCGUCUUCUGUCACAAUGACAUGCAAGAAGGUAACAUCCUCCUUUUAGAAGAUGAAAUUCAAUCAACAUCAGACGAUGAGUACACAUUCGAAGACUCAAAGAAAUCUCAGUAUGUACUAACUCAGUUCGAUGACACCAAUACAUCUGACUCUAUCCACAGCCAUAUAUCUGACUCUGGAGAGCCAAAGCUGGUCUUGAUCGAUUUUGAGUACUGCGCAUAUAACUACAGAGGAUUUGACAUAGCUAAUCAUUUCCAAGAAUGGUCCUACGAUUACACGAACCCGGAGAGCCCGUUUUAUUAUGAAAAUCAGGAGAAUUGUCCAACUCUAGAGCAAAAGGAGAUUUUCAUCAAGGAGUAUCUAAAGCAUUACCACUCGAAUCAUUCAGACAAAGAUGUGGAUGUGGAACCAUCAAUCGAUGAUGUAAAUCAACUCCUAAGCGAAGUCGACGCGUUUGCUCUAGCUAGUCACCUGUUCUGGUCCCUGUGGUCUGUCGUCAAUGCUUCCAAGAGUCAAAUACCUUUUGGUUACUGGGAAUACGCGCUAUCCAGGCUAGAGACCUACCUCCGUUUAAAACAGGAGGUAGUCAAAAAGGACAAAUACGGUUUCCCGCAAAAGAGGAAAAUCUGCGAAGUGGACAUAUGAGUUAUGAGCGAGUGAGUCUGUCCUUGUCUAACAUUGGACGUGCGAGCGAGACAGAUGUAAUUUAAUUUUGAAACGCGGGAGUUUUAUUGUUGUGAUAUUUUUUGUGAACAGACUGUAUAUAGGAAAAAAUUACGGUUAUUAUUCAAACACGCUGUGAAGGGUAUGUAGGUUAAUGAACUCGUGUAUGCGGCUGUAACAAGUUUUUUCUAGUUUUUUUUUCCUUUUUUUUAUAGAGGUUGUUGCGAAUGUCACUCGACCUUUUAUUUCGAAUAUUAAAUAAGUUUUGUAAAUAAAAGUAAAGUUUGUAUGUAAAUAGGGAAUAGAAAAAAAAUGCAGUAUUAUCGCACAAUUUUUUUAAACAUUCCUUAAAAAAAUAGGAGAUACUCAUUAUUUUGUUGAGAUACCUUCGUGGAGUGGUUUUUUUUUUUCAAUAUACUGUUGUUGUAGUUCGUUUUAGCCGGAUGUACUUCUAAAGUAGUUUGUAUAUUAGUUUAGCAGUCAUUUAGUUCGAUUUUCAAAAUUAGAAAAGUAUAAUAUUUAAUUUAUUUUAUUAUAAAUAAAAAUAAUAAACCUUAGCACGCAUAUCCCAAGAUUCCGGCACGGAUGAAUUUUCUAUAUUUAAUAAUGCCAAGUAAAAAAAAAACCGUGCCUUUAGUGUCGUUAAAGAAUUAAAUCUUUUUAGAAUUUUAAAAUGAAUACAAAAUUUAAAGUUUAUUGUAAGAAUCGUUGUAUCUCAAAUGUUAAUAAACAUGAAUUAUUGCUUUUUUUUAAUUUUGUAUAUAUUUUGCUGUGGCAACUCGAAAUGUGACUUUAGGCGACUUUAGGAAAACAACCUUUUUACUAAGAACUAAAAAGGCAAUAAAUAUAAACAAUUAAAAGUCAACAGUGACAGUAAAAAUAAUAUUAUUUUUUAAUAAGUCGUGCUUAUAAUAAUUGUUAAUAGUACUAUUUUUUACAUUUUCUUUUUGCCGCCUAAAGUAUACUUAAAAAUUGUGAUACGCUUUUGUUCACAUUCCCAAAAAUUGAAGAAAAAUUACAAAAAAAAAAAUCAAAAUAGAGUACUUAUUUAACUCA